GGCACCAUGCUUGGUUACUCCAUUGUAUUUGUCCACAUGGCAAAACACGCUCAAAACAUCGGAGUUGGUAAAACCGAGGCGUCGUUUUUAAUUUCGGUCAUGGGCAUUAGCGAGUUCAUAUUCCGCCUGAUUGCGGGUUGGUUUGCCGAUCUUGGGAUCAUCAGUAGACUAAACGUCUACAUGAUCGGAGCAGCAGGGGUGGGGUUGUGUAAUCUGUUCGUGCCCUUCUGUCGGUCCUAUGCCUCGCUCAUUGUGUACAUGGCGUUCUACGGCCUGUCUUCCGGGGUGUUCCACUCGCUGAUAGCCGUGCUGGUGAGAGAGUACACCGGAGUCGCCCGACUCUUCAACGGUAUAGGGUGGACCUUGCUGGCGGGAGGGACAGCCUAUCUGCUAGGGUCACCAAUCGCAGGCUGGCUGUACGAUGCUACGGGAAACUACAACGUCUCCUUUUUCUCCGCUGGCUCCAUCAUCGUCACCUCUCUCAGCUUGCUCUGCCUGAAGAAACCCAGCAACCCUGACGGGGCGGCCUCACAUGACGACACCCCAUCAGCAGAAAACAACUUAAGUAUUGUCGAUAGAGAUGGUCAUGUUGAAGAUUCACCCACUCGCUUAGAGCAGGAAACAACGCUGUAGUUUAUACCCGUGCUGCGGACCCCUUUUCACAGGGUGAAAGUUUAACUGAUUAUAGAGUAGUUCUUAAAUCAGUGACGCUUGAAAACACUUCAAACACGUACCUCCAAAUUUUCGGCGUCUGCUCAGUACAUAUUGAUCACGGAAUGGCCUAGUCUUACGAGAGCACGAGACCAGGUCCGAGACUUGCGUGGAUCGCCCCCCCCUCCCAAUCUUACCUCUUUACUGAGUAGGGGGAAGUAGGACUUAGGUGCUUCCAGCCAUCAUUGCGGUUCAGCUUGGCACUGAUUAAAAAAACUAUCCUAUCAACUUAUUCAUACGUGGCUGAUGAACCUCAUCAGCGAUGUUGAGCAAUCGACAUUGGAUCUGUGAGUUAAUGAAUGGGAUAUGAUCCCUAAUAUAAAAGUACCUCUGAAAGACAACAAAACACAAAACAUAUAAAUAGCUUCCAUGAAGUUCGUCUGAAGUAUUAAUGAAAUAUCUUCUCGCUGAACAGUUGCUGCCCCAGUGAAAAUAUGGUAAAACCUACGUGUGUAAAAUAACAAUGUUUGCCUUGUAUUACACUGCGUUGUGUUAUGCUGUAUUGUUUCGUUUAAGUUUGUUAUAGUACGGACUCAAGUGCUCAUUUAUAAGUACAAGAUCUAAAGUGGUUAUGAAACGUAACGGUAAUGUUUAGCAACUGGAGGUUAGGUACAUGCUGUAUGAACAAUAUGCCCUUGUUCUGGAUCAAAUUUGAGUUGUUAUUGCCAACAGAAAAAUUGCAAACACCGGAGUUUCAUUCUAAAAUGCUGGUACAUGUAGUUAUAGUGAAGCCACACUUGGGAACAUUCUAGUCACUUGAAAAUAGGAACUUGUAGUUUUUCUUUUUUCAUUUUGUCGUAGGGUUUUUUGUUCGAUUACUGCCCGGCAGGUUGACUGUUAUACUUAUGUAUUCAUUCAAUUUUCCAUUAUUUGUGAAAACACAACGAAUGACUUAAGUUUAUCUCUCCUUGUGUGAUUUGUUCUUCAAUGGUUGACAGCAGUUUAAGGAUUUUUUUUUACAAAUUUUCCAUUUAUUUUAUUUAUUUAUUUGUUUGUUUACCCAUACUAUUUACUGUUUGGAUGUUUCCAAUUUGUUUUAAGGUGUGAAGGCGGCAGUAAAAUGAACAUUGUUUAACUUUUAUCUAUCUGAUUGUAAUGAUAUUUUAUUGUAUAAGAUAAAAUAAAAGGUGGCUUUGAUGUAGUCAAACAUUUUAUAUUUCACACUACAUGUUCUAUGUAAGUGCAAUUACUCUUCGUCUUAACGAUUUGCUGCAGAUGAAUUAUCACCAUGAAUCCUUAGAGCUCUAUACUGUCCGGAGUAUGAUGCAGCGCUUAGGAUUAUGCUACAUUUGUUGAUCAUUUUGUUACCGCGAGGGCACGGAACUUGUUUCCGUCGGUCGUUUGGAACUUUGGUGCGUUUGUAGGGAAUACUUG